UGAUUGGUUGAAGUCUCUGUUGUCCACACUGUUCAAUGGAGGAAGAGGAGUCACCCUGUAAGAGCUUCUGAACGACUGGAAUAGGUUUGAGAAGAGACCCGCAAAAGCGCUUGACAGAACCCGCGGUGGCGUGGCUCAAGGACUCUUCGAGCGUGCCGCGGUGCCAAACUCAGCAGCAGCCGCUAGAAUUACCUCCAGCUACAGAGUGGAGAGACCCUAACCACAUGGGCACUCCUGCCUCCAUUGCUUGUGACUUGCCCCACCCUCAGACACCCAAGAGUUGCACUCGCAAAAAAGCAUCUGCCAACAUCUUUCAGGGAGUUGGGCUGCUGCAGUUACACCAUCUCUUUCACAGCAGUGGGGAUGCACAAGCAGAGGAGCGGGCCCAGCUGGUGUGGGAGCGUGCAGGGAAUCGGUGUAUUGCCCAGGCCUUGCGACAGCUGCACAGAAAGCAGAGAAAACUAAGGCUGCAGCCCCACCAAAAGUCUCCUUCGGAGUCAGAAAGUAGAACUGGAUUCCUGGAGUUACAGCACUUCAGCCACUUACGGAUUGAAGACUGUACUACAUCUUAUACUGAAGACAGUGAGCCCAACAGUAGCAAGAAACCAGAUGUGGCUGGUCAAACCAGCUCAUGCCCUGCCUCCUACUACAAGCAGAAGAGAAGGGGUACAGGAGCUGCAGGCUAUCUGCACCAGCUCCACCAGUGAGCAGCUGAACCCAGCCCCUUUUACCAACACAGUUGUCAGCCUAGGGCACUGUGCAGAAUGGGAACAGCCUGACACAGAAGAUGCCCAAGGGCAAUUCUGCACAAUUCUAAAAAAAAAAAUUGCCCCAAGUUUAGGGGAUCAUGACUUCAACCUGAAACCAUCAACACUUUCUCAGCUGCAGCCAGGCAAUGCCCUUGGUUUGGCAGAGCACAAACACUAAAUUUACUAAAUAUACUUGCCUGUAUUUAAUAAAGGCUUAUAUGUAUUUCUUUUGCAAA